CAGCUACCCAUACUGUACGGCAUACCUAGUUCAUGCUAGCGCCGUGGCAGCCAUGGUCUCGACACUAGCUUCUCGUCUCGGGUAUAAAUACCACGUGCGGCGGCGUAUAGACCGCCGUCGCGCCGUGUCCGGCUGCAGUCCUCCCUAGCUUUGCCCUCGCGUGGUGAUUAUCCCGGAUUCUGUCCAACCAGAACUGCGUCGAGGCCGGCGGCAGCGUUAUCCUCGUUCUCCCUUGCCCACAAUGGCACCUUCUGCCAUCUACAACGGCCCUGUCAACGAGGACGGGGUGGUGCUCGAGGCCAUCUCGGACGCGGUCGACGAGGUCAACAUGCUGAAGGCGCAGACUGCUUUCGCGCAGCAGCCGCAGUUUGACAGCGGCAAGAACAAGACAGCGUUCCGGCAGUACGAGGCGGCGUGCGACCGGGUCAGGGCCUUCUACGUGGAGCAGCACGCGCGGCAGACGGUGGCGUACAACGUGGCGGCGCGGCAGCGGUUUCACUCGGCCGGGCGGGCGCGGGCCGAGAUGACGGUGUGGCAGGCCAUUGAGAAGCUGGACGCGCUCGUCGACGACAGCGACCCCGACACGCAGCUCAGCCAGAUGCAGCACCUGCUGCAGAGCGCCGAGGCCAUCCGCCGCGACGGCAAGCCGCGCUGGAUGCAGCUCGUCGGCCUCAUCCACGACCUCGGCAAGCUGAUGCUGUUCCUCGGCGGCGCCGACGGCCAGUGGGACGUUGUUGGCGACACCUUCCCCGUCGGCUGCGCCUUCGCCGGCCGCGCCAUCAUCUACCCGGACACCUUCGCCGCCAACCCCGACGCCAGCCACCCCGUCUACGGCUCCGCCCACGGCAUCUACAGUCCUGGCUGCGGCAUCGCCAACCUCGUCAUGAGCUGGGGCCACGACGAGUACCUGUACCUGGUGGUGCGCGACCAAGCCCGCCUGCCCCGCGAGGCCCUCGCCAUGAUCCGCUACCACUCUUUCUACCCGUGGCACCGCGAGGGCGCCUACCGCGAGUUCAUGGCCGACGGCGACGAGGACCUGCUGCAGGCCGUGCGCGCUUUCAACCCCUACGACCUGUACAGCAAGAGCGACGGGAUACCGAGCGUCGAGGAGCUCAAGCCGUAUUACCUGGAGCUCAUUGACGAGUUCUUCCCGCAGCAGGUCAUCAAGUGGUAGACUGAAGUUUUGAGGGUGGUUGUCUAGCUUGGCGCAUAAAAGUAGCGGACGGAUCAAGGGCUGGGCCGCUGGAGUAUUCGGGGACUGAGAGGCAACUGUGUGGUUCUGCCAGCAGAGAUUGGGCUGCUCUGGAUUGAGCUAGAUUUAGAAUUAGCAUGAGCAUUGGCAUGGGUAUUGACGCUGAAACGCCAAGUUGUUGUUGUUUAUCUAUCUAUAGACCUAGACAUG